AUGCCGGGGUGCCCCCCGGACCCACCGAACGCCUCUGGGCACCCGGCCCCCUCCCCUCACACCGACGCUGGGGAUCCCCCCCCAGCCCGGCUCUCGGCCUCCUCCCGCCCUCCCCGCCCCUCGUUACCUGUCGCUCUCGCGGGGGUCCCAGGCUUGGGGGGGGGGGGGGGGAAUCCUGCGCCGCACCCCCCCCCCCACCGCCGCCAGCACGGCCGGGCCCGGGCCGGGGGCUCACGGGGGGCGUUGGCCCAUGGCGGGGGGGGUCUAGCGGCCUGCGGGGGAGGGGCAGCGGGUGGUCACCGGGCGCGGGAGGGGCACCGGGCCCACCCCCAUCCCUCCCCUCCUCCCUCACCGGCCGCUCCCGCCUCCCGCUCGCGCCGCUCCAUUGGCGCUGACGCAGCGUCCGGGACGCGCCGCGGCCGCGCCGGCGCCCCCUGGCGGCGCGGAGGACCCGCGGGGCGCCGGGCGGUCACGUGGGCGGAGGGCGCGCCCCGGGAGGCGUGGCCUGGGGCGGGGCGCGCUCGCGCGCGGCCCGGCAACGCCUUAAAGCGCAACAUCACUUCCGGUUCCCACUUCCGGGUCCUGCCGCCGCCGCCGCCGCCGCCGGUAACGGCUCCGGGCCGGCCCCGCCAUGUUCCUCCUCCUCCUCCCGCCGCCGCCGCCCCCAUGAGCCGCAAGAAAAGCGGCUUCGCCAUCACCAGCGUCCGCGGCGGCAGCGGGACCGCGCCCGGCGAUGCCUCCGGCGCCGCCACCGGUUCUUCGUCUUCCUCCUCCGGCAGCCCCAGCGGCUCCCGGUUCCGCCUCGUUCGCUUGCUGUCGCCGGGGGAGGUGCUGCGGCGGGGCCGGUGGCUGUGCCGCGAUUUCUACGAGCGGGACGCGUCGCCGCGGGGGGGCGGCGGCGGCGGGAGGGUCCCGGUGUCGCUGGACGCCCCCCGGGCCGGCCCCGCCCCCCACCAGCCCCGGUCCCUCGGGGCCUUCGCGGAGCUCGUGCAGCAGGCGCUGCCCCCCAAGCCCCCCUCGCCACGCCCAGGGGGCGGGGCCGAGCUCAGCGCGCGCCUGGGAUUGGCUGGCGAGGAGAGCGAAGACGAGGGCGCCGGGAGCGGCGUCACCGCCAUCGACAACAAGAUCGAGAGGGCCAUGGACCUGGUGAAGUCGCACCUGCUGCUGGCGGUGCGGGAGGAGGUGGAGGCGCUGCGGGAGCAGAUCCGCGAGCUGAGCGAGCGCCGCGCGGCGCUGGAGAGGGAGAACCGCCUGCUCCGGGCGCUCGCCACGCCGCAGCAGCUGGCCCGCCUGCCGCCCCCCGCGCCGCCCCCGGGGCCGCCCUGAGCCCGGGGGGGGCUCCCGGGAGGUGCUCGGGGCUCCGCGCUCGCUGCUGCUUCGCUGGGAGGAAGGCACGGAGCCUUCCUGCGCGAUUCGGGGCGUUUUUUAAUAAACCCGCGAUUUUUACAGCA